UAAAUAAAGUGCAUUUACAUCAAAAAAGCUUCGACGUAAACACCUGUUUUACAACAAAAUGUAAUUUAUAUCGCGAACAUCCUUCUCACAAAGUUGUAAAACGGUAUUUCGUGAAUGAGAGAUCUCUACUGAAGCCGCAGAAUCUGAGUAUUACCUAAACAAGUAAGUAAUUCCUAUUUCAAGGUAACAAACUCGCGACUGUUUCUCUUUUAUCUAUGGAAAUAAUCUACAUGAAAUGGAGACACCUGACUCUGGUUUUUAGCGUUGUAUUAAUUUACUUGAUCCUUGGGACGCGUUAAAGCUAUUAAUCCAAAAUACUCUCGACGCAUCACGCUUCUCUAGAGCUAUUUUUCAGUUUAUAAGAUUCCCACAAACGAAUAUUCAACAUUUCUAUAUUUUACAAUUUAAAUCACUUUCUCGGAAUUUACUUCGACGUGUUUUCUGAUCGAUUAUAGUUGUUCAUUAUAUGUUUUGGCGCAAUUUUUUUUUUCAAACUUAGAAACAUUUUUCAACAGGAAAGCGUCAUAUCCCCUUAAAAUCUUUUAUUUUACGAAUUCUGUAAAGGAACAAACAUGAAAAAAUUAUUGGGUUACCGGUGUUUUCUUUUCUGUCUGUUUAUGGUUGUACUAGAAUCAUGACGAAUAUAUCACACAAGAUUACUUGUCAAAUUCAUUUCGUUUCUGUCAUUUAUUUGAGUUGCGUAGGACCGUCUCAGUUUCAAUAGGAUAAUAAACUAAGUUCUCUAUCGAAAACAUCUCUGAUCGUUCUUUGCGUGGUGGCAAUGAAAGAUUGAAACUAAAACAUAAAGCUAUGUAUAACACGCCAACCUAUUCAAUUGAUUUAGAAUCUUAUAACUUUAUUUCUAUUACUGGAUUCUCUAAAUCUGAUCACAAAUAUUUCUAAAAACGGAUUUAAGCUUAUGCAAAGUUUUUACCGAAAGAAUUUAUGAAAAAGAUUUAUUCAGUGAUAAAUUUUCUUGGAUCAUUGUUAAAUCAAUCUAAGGAAGUUAUAACUUAUUCUUGUAUGCAGCUAAAAUACAUAAAAAACCUUAUGUAUUUGAACGAUUCGUUUCACAAAGUAGAGAUCUUAGCAUGUGAAUUUCCAGUUAAAACAGUUACACUUACACAUAGGACAGUCUCUCAAAAAAAUUUCGUUUUAGUCAAGAAAUGCCAUCGAAUUUGUGAAACAUCUAUUUUAAAAUCAGCCCACAUAGAAUAUCCAGACAAACAAACAAACACAAACACAGAACUACCUAUUUGCUACGAAAUCGUUGAAUUAAGUUUGAAUAAGGUUUAAAUUUUGAUCACUUUGAAAGUUUCUGUUUAAAAUGAUUUUAAACUUUUAAAACAAGAUAAACAAUAAACAAAAAUUUUGCAACAAAUGAUAGUUUUUUCUCCUUUCGAAAACUGUAUCAGGAUUUAAAAGUAUGUCAACAACUGAAAGAUCAAGUAUCAGAAAUAUAAUCUUUUCCUUCGUAUGCCAAAACGGGAGAUGUUCUUUUUCAAAAAUAGCUUACACAGAAACAUCAUUCAAGAUUUAUCGACAAGCAAAAUGACAUGAAAGGUAAAAAUUCACCAAGGUAGAAAAUUCUCUCAUGUAGACUACUUUUAUUAUCUAGAAGUUUUCUACUAUUGUUACAUGGUAAAAACAAAAUCAGUUCAAAUCAUAUGUCCGUGUGAGUUUCUUUUUUCUGAAUUGAAACUCAUUGCAUCAAUAGAUAUAGAAAGUAAGUUAUAUUUUAAAAACAAAAUUCAAACGCCGUCUAUGUUACUUUCCGUAGGGAAUCGAAAAAUAAUACUUGACAUGUUCAUUGUGAUGCAGUUCCUUUCAGCUUUCUUUAAUGUCUGACUUGCUUAAAAAAUAAGACAAGUAAUUAAAACUACAAUUGACAAAGUCUGAAGCGCUAUCGGUUGAGAGAAACUGUUUCAGAGAAUGACUAAAUGUUGGGGUUUAUACACCUACCUUGGAGGAAAGUGUUAGUUUGCUCGGUUUAACUGAACAAAGACUGAAAAAGAAAGCGUAAUGUGGCAUGGAUUUUUUUCUUUAUCGUAUCAUUACCAAGAGAGCCUAAUUUCUCAACAUGCCGGAAGCGAAUCGCAAUCACAGUGACGUUUGUUGCACAAGAUGUGAAAUAAAUUAACGAGAUAAGAUCUAUUUCAAUUAAAAGCUUCCUCAUUCGGUCAGCACAUUAAGGUCUUUUGUUCCGGGAAAGUAAUGUGCCGCUGGGAUUAAAUGCGAGGCAAAUGAAAAGCCCAAAUAUAAGUUGUUGUUUCGAGUUUCCAUUGGUAUUACACUGUGGCUGCCUUCGUGUGCCUGACCAUUUUACUCUGAAGAUGUUUCCAAGCCUUCUCUAAAUUAAGCUGUUGUUGGUAUUCGUCAAAAGCUACUCCAACCGUCUUCUAAAAAAAAGAAAAACAGGUACAAUAUAUCUUUUGACAGCAAAAAUAAUUCUCCUUCAAAUGAUAGCUAUGAAUAUGCCCAGUCGCAUCGAAUCCAGCCAAUUUGUAGAGGUGGCAAUCAUUGUGCACAGGAAAAAAAUUCAUAUGCCAAGAGCAAUGGAAUAUAAAUUAGAUUUCCAUUAUUUAGACAAAAUUUCUUACGAUGUAGCCAGAGGGAAAGAUAGAUAAGUAACUAACGACUAAACACAGUAAAAAGCCAUUUUUAAGGGCGAAGAAACUGUAUCACUGGUUGGUCUUGCUGAAUUUUCUUCGUGUAUAUUCCUUAGACAUAGAAAAUGUUUUCCGCAAAACUGAUUGUUUCAUCACUGGAGAAACGUUUAGACAAUGUUUUUGCCACAAAGUUUUAAGGACGGCCGUGGAUUAAAUUUUGGUUUUCCAUUAGAAACUGAUGACAUGAAUAAAUGCUGAGAUCACUAUCAUAGUUUGACAAAGAGACACAGUUUUCUCAAAUAGGGAAAAACUGUUAUAGGUUGGACUUAACAAAAAUAUUCUGAAAUUUUAUGAGAAAAGAAAAGUUUGUCGUUUUCUAAGUUUAAAUUUUUUUUUGAGAAUGUAUAUUUGUUAAAAGAAAAUUUCUUAUCAAACCACUGAAAAAUCAAUAAACUCCUCUAUACCUUUUUAAAACCGUUCGUAUCCAGCACGGGAAGGAAAGAGUGAAAAAAGAGAUAAGAAUUAUUAACUUUCAAACAGAACAUCGGUGUGAAAGUCAAUGAACAGGAAUGGCAUAAUCUAGGUUUAAUUUUAUCUUUCAUUAUCAAGAUGACAUAAUCAAUAUAUGGCUUAUCCUUUUAAGACCCUUUAAGUACCUAUCGGUGAACAUAAUUCUCCUCUUCAACUAACCACAGGGAUUAAAAAUCACUCUGUAACCUCAGUUUUCGUGUCGAGAUGAAAUUGAACUCGUACAUCAUGGACAAAAAGAGGCAAACUCCCAAACUGAAACCCACUCAUUUUCGUUUUUCGUUUAUUUACUACAUUGUAAUAGAUGGUUGUUGCAACACUUUAGAUUUAUGUUUUCAGAAAAUGUAUUUUUUUCUUUCGUCGACUCUGUCUUUCUGUUUCACUUAAAAGUUAUUGUCAAUCCUUGGCCUGUCAUUGUGGUUAAAGAAAUAGCAAAUACUGCCUGCUCACCCAGUAUUGAAGCAAAAACUUCAAAAACAUUGUAGAGGAACUAAUCAUCGAGAAUACGUUUGCCGUUGGUCAUUUAGAGUUUUGAAAAACCUUUUAAAGAUAAGGAAAUACCUCAGAUUGAUUUUCCCUCAGUUCAUCACAUUACCAUAUGCUUUUCAAAACGUUCCAUAAAUUUUUUUCACCUUUACAAUGACAAUGACGCACGUAAAAUUCGCCGAUAUACUGAAAGCUUCGCGAAAAAACAUUUGUUAUUUCUUUGCGUGGGAGGGAAUUUUUUUCCGGAAUACGUGUGUACGAUUUUAGAGUCCCUGAUAUUUUCGGUCUCAUCUUAACAACAGGUACAAAAUUUUUCUUUUUGCAAGGAAAGUGAUUUUAUAAAAUGUUGCUGUUAAGCAUUUUCACAACAAAAAAAUUUCUGUACUACGUUCCCGGAACAAUAAAAAAUUUAAGCCUUUUUCAAACAGUCUUGGACAACUUCCUCCUCAAAAAACUACAGCCAAAAUUCCCUUUCGUCUUGAAAACCAGAAGACGACUUAGUUCCAUUGUUUAAAUCAAAUUCCAUUCUCUGUGACCUGUUCUACGUGUGAGUCGAUCAUAACUUCAUAUUUGUUUCUUGUAGAUCAACAGAAACAUGACCUCGAAGACAGUUCUCCCUCAAGCUGUCAUCCUAUUAGUCCUGGUCACGAGUCACGUGUGGGCUGCAAAGUAUUAUGGGAAGCACAAAGAGGUGUGCAAACCGUGGUCGUUCAACGUAGCCGUAGUAGUCGAAGGCUGCCAAACUAGGACAGUUCUUCUGAACCAAUGUGCAGGAACCUGUUUCACGGAGCAUUCAUUUUCCGGCAAAAGCUGUAAAUGUUGCAAACCUGUAAAGAAAAGCGCUGUUAAAGUUCCACUACACUGCAAGGACAAAGAGUCUGAAAGUCCUUACCGAUAUAAUCAUUCAAUGGAACAACAUGAAGAGUGCAGUUGUUUUCAAUGUUAAGAGCAUUAAAUGAUAGGAGAGAUUAACAAUACACGUUCUGCCUUGGAACCCGUUUACUGCGUUUAUGAAAAAUUAUUGCUAACUGCUUAACCCUAUAACACCACC